AGGAGCUUCACAAUGCACGACAAAGUAUUCAAGAGUUUGCCGCUGGUCGAACCGUCCAUCAUAAAGCUGUUACGCAGUACGAGGACACCAUUGUGCGACUCACGGAAGAAGUUGGGAGAUAUCAAAACGAUGUGGCCACCGUUGAGCAAUCCCUGAACGAAUCAAAUCGCGCCUCCGAGGAGCUCCAAGAUAUACUCUCCCGGAAUCGAUCGGAAAUCGAGUUGUUACGAACCGAAGGGCUUCAGAAAGAUGAGGAGAUUCUUCGACUCAAGGAUCAAAUUUCCAUACAGAAUGCCCAACCAUCACCAUCUCUUCCUCCAACCUCUUCAAUAGAGAACGAGUUAUUGGACAUUCAGCGACAGCAACACGCAUUAGAACUCUCCACCGCACGGUCACAGAUACGAUCACUGGAAAAUGCCCUCUACCUUGAACAAACAAAGACUCAUCAACUUCAACGCCAGCUGGGAGUUCUCGGCGACGAACUGAAUGCUAUGACUGCUCGUCUGACCUCCACACCCCAAAUCCCACCCCGCCCAUUAUCUGCUGCGUCGGCCUCGUCGUCUAAUGCAUUCAUGCGACCUACGAUUCCCAGACCACUCAAGGGACUGGACUCCGCGCUUACUCCUGAAGCGCGACAUAAACGUAAAAUCAGCCUAAGCAUGCUAAAAGCGCGUAUUGACUCGGAGCGCGAGGCUCAUGCCGCACGUCCGGUCACUCAGGCUCUACCACCCCUUACCGCGAUGAAGGAGGAAGAAUUAAGUUCGCCCUCCACACAAUCACCUCGAGCACCCUUUAAUCUACCCGAUUCUGAUCCAACACAUCCCCGUUCCCUUUCUCGUUCACAACACUUCAGAGACGAAUCUCACAUUUUCUGGUGCCAUGCAUGCUCGGGAGAUUUGGUCGUUUUAUAAUCCCCAUUUCAGAUUCAUAUACCCGCGCUUGGGUCUCAGAUCAUGACACCACUUUUUCAGGAUAGAUGAGACUCAGCUCGUUAUUAAUCGAAUAUAAAUGACAACCCAACAAAAUACAGUACAGACACAUAGACAAUCAGCGGGUUUUAAGCUCGCGCAAUUUUACAAG